CCGCCGCGUUCGGCGCCUUCUGACCGCCAUAUUGUUUGCAGUGAUUAACGCACGUCGUGUUUUUUUUACACAGCAAAGCAUCAAUAAUAUAAAUACAAAUAUCCUCAUAUUGUUUAUUUUAAAAUCGCAAAAAUUUCGCGCAAAGGCAAUAAUAUGAAGAAAAACAAAGAAGUGUCCGACGAGGACGAAUAUUCAGCGGAUGACCCAGAAGAAGUGGGUGAAGAAGCAUCUGAUGAAGAUUUAGAAGGGGCAGAGGGUGGAGCUAAAAAGAGGCCAAGAAGAGCUGCUGCUAACAAGAAGAGACAGCACUCUGAAGAUGAGGAAGAAGAAGAUGAAGAUGACGAGGAUAAUGAAGGAGAAGAAGAUGAGGAUGAGGACUCUGACUCUGAUUCACCGACAAAAUCUAAAAAGAGACGACGUUCUAAAAAAGAAGAGGAUGAAUAUGAAGACUCUGAUGACAAUAGUUUCCAUGAGUCGUCUGGUAUACCACCAAAGGACUACACAUCAGGGGCAUUUGUUGUUGCUAAAGCUGAUGUUGGUGGUAGCAAUGAUCCAACUUUAUGGAGGAUAGACGGCAAAGCUUUGUUGCAAAAAUAUUUACCAUUUAAAGAAGAAGGCAAAACUUUGUACAAAAGCACAUCCACGUACUCGGGAUGGUCAGCAAGUAAUAAAGACAAAUACUUAGCUGCCCAGGUUACCUUCAAGGUGCAAAACAAAAAUGAAGUAAUCGUCGAGCUUCAUCUCGACGAGCAACAACAUCAAGAAGUUGUAAAGUAAGCUCUAUAAUUAAUAAUUAUCAUCAUCAACAGUCCUCUGUCUCUCUGUAUCAAUAAUUAUAUUGACUAAAACAUAA